UAUUAUAGAUUACUAUUCACUGUGUAAUAUUAUUAUGUACCUACAUAAAUAAUACUUAAUAGGUGAUCGACAGAAAAAUGUACGAUACCUAGUUUAUUAAUUAUCUAGUAUUUUUUUAUUUAUUUGCAUUUCCUCGAAGAGCACUUUACACUCUUUUCCUGUAUAUUGCACUGUAACUAACGUGUGAAACGCAAAAUAUGCCAACAAACGAGUUCGCCGUCGUUCACUCCACUCGCGAAUAUUAUGUACCACCUUAUGAUUAUUAAUAGUUUGCUCGACUGCAGUCGUUAACAACAAACACGGUAAACCUUGGAAAUUUGCUCCACAUUUGCUGACUGUCUCUUCAUUGUCGAGUAAUGCCACUUGCCGGUCUCGGGGAUACGGUCGAUCCUUGGAAACGAGUAUCGUUACAGUCGGAAUCGGAGAAUUCAGUGAAUACUAACAAUAUGGUUGUUGGUACUUCAAAAUCGAAACCGAUACCAUUCGGACAUCCUAACUCCUCAGGAAUUUGCAAUAACUUAUCGAGAGGAGCUAAAGAUGAUGAAAUUGUAGAUGAAGCCAAUGAAGACCAAGACGAUGACAACAAUGUCGAUUCCGAUGACAAUAAUGGUCACGAAAUUGAACUGAAAGAACUCAUAAAAGAAGGUCAUGAUAGAGCGGAUCGUUCUCAGUUUGAGUUGCUUAAAGUUCUAGGGCAGGGGUCAUUCGGCAAAGUGUUCUUAGUAAGGAAAAUUGUUGGUCCGGACAAUGGAACACUUUAUGCAAUGAAAGUAUUAAAAAAAGCAACUCUUAAAGUUAGAGACAGAAUUAGAACAAAAAUGGAACGUAACAUUUUAGUUGAUGUACGGCAUCCGUUCAUAGUGCGUUUACACUAUGCAUUUCAGACUGAAGGUAAACUAUACCUCAUAUUGGACUUUUUACGUGGGGGAGAUCUAUUUACCAGGCUCUCCAAAGAGGUAAUGUUUACCGAAGAAGACGUUAAAUUCUACUUAGCCGAGCUAGCUUUAGCUCUUGAUCACAUUCACAGUCUUGGCAUUAUCUACAGAGAUUUAAAACCAGAAAAUAUUUUGUUGGACGCGGACGGACACAUAUCCUUAACAGAUUUUGGCCUUAGUAAAUUGCCUUUGGAUGAUCAAAAAGCAUACUCGUUUUGUGGAACUGUCGAAUACAUGGCUCCGGAAGUAGUUAAUCGCAAAGGACAUUCUUUUGUUGCGGAUUGGUGGUCUUUUGGUGUUUUGAUGUAUGAAAUGUUAACCGGGUCUUUGCCGUUCCAAGGAUCUAAUCGAAAGGAGACCAUGGCUCAGAUAUUACGUGCCAAACUUGGGAUGCCUCAAUUUCUUUCCAAUGAUGCUCAGUCGUUGUUACGCGUUCUUUUCAAAAGAAACCCGAGCAACCGUUUAGGAGCAUCCGGCAUACAAGAGCUAAAGGAUCACUUGUUUUUUGCAUCUAUAAACUGGGAAAAACUCUAUCGUAAAGAAAUACAUCCUCCGUUUAAACCAGCCGUCAGUAGAGCAGAUGAUGCGUUUUAUUUCGAUAGUGAAUUUACAUCCAAAACUCCAAAAGACUCUCCAUGUGUUCCGCCAAGUGCCAACGCUCACGAGUUGUUUCGAGGUUUUAGUUUUGUCGCACCGUGUUUGAUGGGAGAAGACGAUGAAGAAAAUGUUGGUGUUCAACAAGUAAUGAACAUACCUGCUAAAUUGACUGAGCCUUAUUCAAAGUUACCAUAUAAUAAGAGAAACGCAGCCGACGAAUAUGAGAUAAAACACGAAAUUGGCCGUGGUAGUUACUCUUUGUGUAGAGUAUGUGUUCAUAAAACCAGUCGUAUUGAGUAUGCCGUCAAGAUAAUUGAUAAAUCGAAAAAAGACUGCCAAGAAGAAGUCGAAAUUCUUCUCCGCUACGGACAUCACAACAAUAUAGUUACUUUAAGAGACGUUUACGAAGAUGAAAAGGCUGUUUACUUAGUGAUGGAGUACAUGAGAGGCGGCGAGCUUCUCGACAGACUUCAUAAGCUGAAAUACUUUUCCGAAAGAGAAGCUAGUGCCAUAAUGCAAGUUGUUACCUCUACGAUAUGUUACUUACAUAAGAACGGAGUUGUCCAUAGAGAUCUUAAACCAUCGAAUAUACUAUAUGCGACUGACAGCGCUUCGCCAGACGCUUUGCGAAUAUGUGAUUUCGGUUUCGCCAAGCAGUUGCGUGCAGAAAAUGGCCUUCUAAUGACUCCUUGCUACACUGCUAACUUUGUCGCACCAGAAGUCUUAAAACGUCAAGGUUACGACGCUGCUUGCGAUAUCUGGUCGUUGGGCGUGUUGCUGUACACACUUUUAGCAGGACAAACGCCAUUCGCCAGCGGUCCUGACGAUACUCCUACGGAAAUAUUGCAUCGUAUCGGCAAUAGUAAUUUAGAUUUAAAAUCGGGUAACUGGACGGUGAUAUCUUCUGAAGCGAAGGAUUUGGUGAAAAAAUUACUGCAUAUAGAUCCUCGUCAAAGACCAACCGCUUGUCAGAUACUGUCCAGUCCGUGGAUCAUGAAUAGAGAUAAGUUGCCUACGUAUCAGAUACAAUUGCAAGAGUCUUACAAGAUAAAAGGAGCAAUGGAAGCAACAUACAGAGCCGUCAGUCAGUCGCCGCCGACACCUAAUUUAGGGCCAGUAGUUUUGAGUCAACUGGCACAAAGAAGGCAUAAGUCGCGUCCUAAAUAAUUAACUAAUAAAAUACAAUAAUUGUAAAACAUAUAAUUAUAUGAUUAUAUUCCUUUUUAUUCUCUUUCCAUUACUAUGUUUAUCUUUUGUGUAGGUUUCAAUUUCGUUUUUUUUAAAUUAGAAAAUUACUGUAUUUAAAAUUACAAUACGUAUAAAACGUUUUUUCUCUUUUUUCCAAUUGUUCUAUCGGUCCUUACUUUAUUAAAUUUAAAUAUAAAUAUACUUGUUUUUGUGCAGCGAAAAACUGCCCGCAAACAUCAUUGACAAUAUAACUAUAAUGGACUUAAAAUAUAAUAUUAUAGAACUAUACAAGCAGUAUCGCACAUUCCUUAAAUAAUUGUUACAUUACAUUUUAUAUUUGCAUAUAUAAAAUCAUUGUAUUUAUAUAACUUCAUUUGUAAUUAUAUAAAAAUAUAAAGUUGUGUUGAAGUGUUAA